AUGGUUGACUUUGCUAAAUCGAUAUUUGGAUUUGGAAACUCGCAAAAACGCGAGGCUUCCUCUUCUCCCACUCCAACACCCAGCAUAUCUUCAAAUACUAAUCAAUCGAUUCAUCUGCAGAACCAUAAUAAACAUCAUAGUAAUGACAACUAUAACACUUCUUCUGCCACAACGCACCACCAAGAAUCGAAUUUACGUUCUCUGCAACAACAACAACAACAACAACAACAACAAAGUUACCAGCACACUGAGUAUUCUUCGUGUAAUCCACAGUACAGCGAUUUACAACAACAACAACAACAGCAACAGCAACAGCCCAAAUUUUUACCGAAGGGGUUGGUUAAUGUUGCCCCCGCCACCACCCUUUCCAACAAUUCAUCAGUUUACGGCACUACAACUUCAACCAAUACUACAAAUAAUCCAGAAGCAUAUUUAAACCAAACAUUUGGAAAUAGCGACUUCCAACUACAACAACAACAACAACAACAUUUAAACAAUUAUGGCACCAAUAACUCUUCUACGGCCGAUCAGAAACUUGGUAAUCGACAAAACGAGACAUCAGCAUCGGCUUCAACAUCAUCGUUAGCACCUCCGGCACCGACAUCUACAUCGGCAUCGGCAACAGCGCAAUCACAAUCACAAUCACAAAACCCAAAAAUCAUCACCACUGAUGAAACAGGCCAAACUUUGAAUUCAGGAUCAUUCAAUUCCCAACCAAAAGGUAGAUUGAAAGUUACAAUUAUUGAAGCCACGGACAUUCAAGCAUCUCAACCAUAUGCAGUGUGUACUUUUGAAAGUUCAGAGUUUGUAACAAACGGACCAGACUCAUUUGGUAAAUCUCCUAUGAACUCGAGCGCUAGUGGUUCUGGUGCUGGGUCGCACCCAAAAAACAUGUACAACGCAAAUCAUGGACCAAUGCGUGCUCUUCCUGUAAAACAUAAUCAAAAUCAACGUCCAUCAUUAUAUCAAAGACAAAUGUCAACGCCACAUCUCAACUUAUCCGGGGAAACUACAAAUCCCAUCUGGAACCAUGAGGCAACAUUCGACGUUGUUGGUUCGAAAUCAGAAUUGGAUAUCUCUGUGUAUGAUGCAGCAAGAGAUGACGCCUUUUUAGGUCACGUGAGGAUUUUUCCAUCUACAAUUAAGAACCGCAAGAGCCCUGCAGAGUGGUACAAACUAGGCGCUAGAAUCGUUGGCGAAAGGGUUUCUUCAGGUUCAAUACAGAUUAAAUGGGAGUACCAGUCAUUGGAUAGGAAGAGGGCAUAUGGUCCAGAUGAUUUUGAAUUUCUUCGACUCUUGGGUAAAGGAACGUUUGGCCAAGUUUUCCAAGUUAAAAAGAAGGAUACUUCCAGAAUCUACGCGAUGAAGAUCUUGUCCAAAAAAGUCAUUGUAAAGAAGAAAGAAAUCGCUCAUACUAUAGGUGAGAGAAACAUCUUGGUGCGUACUUCGGCAGCUGCGUCACCUUUUAUUGUCGGGUUGAAAUUUUCCUUCCAAACACCAACUGAUUUGUUUUUGGUGACCGAUUACAUGUCUGGUGGUGAAUUAUUUUGGCAUUUACAAAAAGAUGGAAGGUUUUCUGAGGAGCGCGCAAAAUUCUACAUUGCCGAGUUGAUCUUGGCAUUGGAACAUUUGCACGAUAAUGACAUUGUUUAUCGUGAUUUGAAACCUGAGAAUAUCUUGCUUGAUGCUAAUGGACACAUUGCAUUAUGUGAUUUCGGUUUGUCCAAGGCUAAUUUGAAUAAUGAUGGUACAACAAAUACCUUUUGUGGUACAACAGAGUACUUGGCACCAGAAAUCUUGCUUGAUGAGUCUGGGUACACCAAGAUGGUUGACUUUUGGUCGCUUGGUGUAUUGAUUUUUGAAAUGUGUUGUGGGUGGUCACCAUUUUAUGCCGAUAACACUCAACAAAUGUACAAGAAUAUUGCCUUUGGAAAAGUGAGAUUCCCCAAAGAAGUACUAAGCCCUGAAGGUAGAUCCUUUGUGAAGGGUUUAUUGAAUAGAAACCCACGCCAUCGUUUGGGAGCUACAAAUGACGCAAGAGAAUUGAGGGCACAUCCAUUUUUUGCAGAUAUAGACUGGGACUUGCUUCGAAGCAAAAGCAUCCCACCACCUUUCAAACCACAUUUGGCUUCGGAGACAGACACAUCUAAUUUUGACCCCGAAUUCACAUCAGAGUCAACCUCUGUGCUCAAGAAGCAAAUGGAGAUGGCAUCAACACCACUAUCACCUGGCGUUCAAGCCAACUUUAAAGGAUUCACAUAUGUCGAUGAUUCAGCGAUGGACGACCAUUUUGGAAGAUCAUAUCGUAUGAACACAUUUAGACACACCGGUUCUUUUAUCCCUGGUGACCCGAACCUACCACCUGCUGAAGAUGCAGUGGAUGAUGAUCAAAUAGACGAAGAGGAUGAAAAUAUGGACGUUGAUGGAGGCAACGGCAGUGGUGUUGGUGGUGGAAGAGGAGAACGGGGAGCCGAAGAUGAAGAAGAAGACCAUCAAAUGGAUUACGAAUUCGUUAACGGUAGAUUCGAUUUAUAA